AUGGGCAAGUCUAAGGCGAUGCCAGGGACGGUGGACACCACCGAGGCGGACAAGGCGACGCCAAAGUCCAUCAUUAUCUACAGAGGCGAAGUCGGAAAUAAUGUCCGCGCUCUCAUGCACGACUGGAGAUCGGUGUUUUUCCCUUGGAGCAGCAAAAACCUUCACGGUAAAAAUCGCUCACUCAAGGAUUUUCUUGCCAUCGCCUCGACAUUUAGUGUCUCGCACCUGCAGCUGUUUACCGCGCCGUCGCACGGCACCUCGCUGCGCAUCAUGCGAUUUUCAAACGGCCCAACUCUGUCGUUUCGUGUCCUUUCCUUCACGCUGUGCCAUGAGAUUGCGGCGAAGCAACGACGCCCUGUCAGUCUUGACCACGCCGUGUGGGAGGUGUCGCCUAUUGUGGUGAUGAACAACUUUACGCACCCCGACGCGCAGCGCCGCCCAGAGGUGCCGCUCCUGGAGGCUACCUUCAAGGGUAUGUUUCCCACAUUGAACGUCCAGCUCGUUAAGAACUCCGACAUUCAGCGCGUGUGCCUCUUUCACUACGACCAUGUAGAACAUCUCGUGGAGGUGCGGCAUUACUUUGUCAACGCUAAGGCUGUAGGUGUCAGCAAGACGGUAAAGAAGCUGCUUGAGCGCCGGUGCCCAACGAAACUUGGCACGUUGGACUCUAUAGACGACGUUCUUGACCGUGAGGAUGUGUGGUCUGACACUGAUGGCGAGGGAGAAGAGGUACCGCUCGCGCAGCCAUUUCGCCAGCACCGCGAGCAGUGCCGCAUUAAGCUGCAGGAGAUCGGCCCCCGCCUGACCCUGCGGCUCGUGAAGGUCACCAAUGGCUUUGCAUGUGGUGAGGUACUGUUUCAUCAGCAUGUCAAGAAGACACCUGAUGAGGUGGCGCGAAACGGGAUGAAGGUGCACGCGAAGCGGAGUGAAAAGGCGAAGCGGAAGGCUGAACAGGACGAGAACGUGCGACAAAAGCGAGUGCGGCGGGAAGAAAAGCUGCAGUCGAAACGGCAACGACGAGAGGAGGCCAUGCGGCGGCAGGCAGAGGAUCCACUGGAAGUCGCUGACGCUGGCUAUGGCGCCGACGUAGAGUAG